AUGUCGGCAGGGUCCUCUCGGACUCGGCAAGCGGCAUCCGCCGCUGGUGGAGUGCGCCGCAUGCGUUGGACAAGGGAUAUGAACGCAAACGCAAUGCGGGCGUACUAUAGGGCGAAAGGGGAAGAAACUGCGGGGAUAGCGUAUCGGGCUCGGAUGCAUUGCUUUUUUGCUGAGCUGGAGCCGUCUAUUCCCGUCACGGAACAAAACCUGGCAGACCGAGUUCGGUACAUCAUGCGCUCGAAAAUAUUCGAUGAUGCCGAGCUCGAACGACUACGACGUGAGGCCAUUCCCUCAUCGAAUGAAUUGGCUACGGCUGGGGAUGAGGCUCCUCAGGCGACAGACCAGCUGCCACGAGUAGAAGCCGCCAUGGAUCUUCCAGUUGUGGGUGAUUCAGACGAUGAUGAAAUGGUCUCCCACGAACUAGAGCAAAUGAGGAGUAUAUUGGAAGAGGCGAUUUUAGAAACGCGCAGCAUGCCUCUCGAAAAUCGACCGCGACUUCCCCCGCAUACCCCUAAGCAAGCGAAAUCGGGCUGUCGUGAGGGCUCUUAA